AUGUCCGAAGAAGAGUCUGCUCCUGCAGGGGUCGCGGCCCCCGCUGCCCUCAAGAGCCCCAAAAAGGCUUCCACGAAAGUGUGCAAAGGAAAGGCAAAGGCCGUGCCAACGCAUCCCAAGGUGUCCGCAAUGGUGACAGCAUCCAUCAGUGCGCUUAAGGAACGUGGUGGUUCAUCUCUACAAGCCAUCAAGAAAUACAUGUCUGCCAACUACAAGGUGGACGUCGAGAAGCUGUCUCCUUUCAUCCGCAAGUACCUCAAGUCUGCCGUGACUGCGGGAGCAUUGGUGCAGACCAAGGGCAAGGGAGCUACCGGAUCGUUCAAGCUGUCAGCCAAGUCCGACAAGCCCUCACCUGCCGCUUGA